CCCAUCCGGGAGUACAUCAUGGGCCACGUGCGGCACCCGCGGAAUGUGGAGAAGAUCAAAGGGAACCUGCUGUGGUACUGGCACCUCGAGGAGAUUCAGCGAGGGGCGGGGUCAAGCACGCCUUAUAUGGAAGUGCAUGAGGCCUUGGAGCAGGUGAGGGCGGAGCUUAAAGUGAUGGGCGGGGCCGUGGGCGAGGCCGGGGCAGCGGUGCUGGAGCUGGAAGAGGCACUGGGGGCGGAGCUUAACGGCCAGGGGGCGGAGCGUCGUCGGGGGGAGGAGCUUCACGCCCUGGGGGCGGAGGCGGCCCAGGAGGGGCUGCGGCUGCGGAGGGAGCGGGCCCAGAUAAGCUCCGCCCACCCGAAGGGGUACCCCAAAAUCAGCCCUGACCUUGACCCCAACCCUGACCCUGAUGCUCAGCCCCCUAUGAAGACCCUCAUCCAGGACUGCUGGGUGGAUGUGGGGGGACUCUGGGACCUCAUCCACUCCUUGGCCUCCCGCCUGUCCCCCCUGAGGCUCCGGCUCCUCCAGCUGCAGGAGGAGAUCCAGCAGCACCUGGAGGGGGACCCCAAAGCCCAGCAGGCUGCCAGUCCUUUUAUGGUUGAUGCUGGAGCCACGGGGCUCUCAGGGGCUUGGGAGGCCCUGAUCCAGCAGGUCCAGAAGCUACGGGGCAGCCCCAUGGACUCCCCAGAAACUGCCCUGGGGCCACUGAGGAGGCAGCUGCAGGAGGGGAAGCAGCGGCUGUCCCGCCGCUGGAUCCAGCUCCGGGCUCUGGCCCCAUCCAAUGAGAAGCUCCGAGCGCAGCUGUGCCCCCUGCAGGCCCAGGCCCGAGGAGCUGUGCGGCUUCCCCCAGGGCUGCAGGGGGAAGGAUAGCGGCUGCAGGAAGCGCUGAGCAUGCUGGGAAAGGAGAGGGUGCCCCUCCCCCCGAGCCCCGCCGACUGCCCACUGCAGACAAUCAGAUGUGCCCUAGGAAUGGCAGAGAGUGAGCCCCCACAGGGGGCGCUGUUGCUGGCGGCAGAGCUGCGGGGGGAGCUGGAACAGCUGCAGGAGGUGAGGUCAGCACAAGGGGCGUGGUCAGCGCAAGGGGCGGGACCCGGGAAGCCCCGCCCACCCCGCGCACCCGCGGAGGGCGUGGCCAUCGCCGAGCUCCUCCCCCAGCUGCAGGCGCUGUCCAUUCGGGUCCAGCAGUGCCUCGAGGGCUGGCCCCACCUCCAGGACGUCAUCAGCCAAUGGUGGGAGCAGCCGGCUCAGUGGAUACUGGCCGCGCCCCCCAGCAACAUCCCCUUCUCCCAUUGGCUGAAGCGCUGGUCCCAGGCCACCCGUGCCCUAAACUUGCACCGCCCCCUCCCCUUAGCGCCACCCACCAGCGACAAGGAAAGGUGUGACCAGAGCAAGCCCCACCCCUGAGCCUCGGUUUCAUCAGAUGCUCCUAUUGGAUGGGGUGCAGGAGGCAGGGCUUGAGGGGGGUGUGGCCACAAGGCUGCGGUCCUGGAAGCGGAAUAGAGUAGGUCCUAUAGAAAUA